CCACGCGUGUGCUUGCGUGUGGGCCGGCCCCGCCUCGAGGAGCCGCCGGCAGUGCCGUGGCGGGACGGUCGCGUCGCCGAGCAAGGGGGGGAAGCUCCAGCACAGCCCCUCCGCUCACCCCCAAACCGGCUCUGCAGCCCCCCCCCCCCCGAGUGCCAAGCCGCUGUAACACCAACCGCGGCAAAAAAGGACACCAUGGUCCUGGGGGGCCCCGGCUGGUGCCUGCUGGUGGGGGUCUGCACCCUCGUCCCCCCCGCCACCACCCAGGGGGGACCAGAAGAAGAUGCGACACCCAACAUCAGGAUGGAAGAGUUGGGGUACCACCUCCCCCAGGACGGGGACCCCCUGGGGGACCCCCAGCGCUGCGGCAUCACCUUCCACCCCCCCAGCCCUUGCAGCCCCCGUGAGCCGCCUGCCUCCCGCGACGAGCUGGAUCAUCUCAAGAACCUCUUGCAGGACACCAAGGCCAGCCUGAAGGACGUGGAGAAGGCGGCCAGGCUGGAGGACAACCGGACCCGCUACCAGGACAUCAUCACCGAGGCGCUCCCCGUCAUCCGUGGGGCCAACCUGGAAUUUCGGGAGAGCCUGGAUAACGUCCGCAGGGAGCUGGAGGCUCACGUGGCCGAGGCCGAUCACCCACGGACGGCGGAGAAGAAGGAGAAGCUGCGGAAGGGUGUCCGCGUGGUAGCCCACAUGCUACGGCUCACUAGCCACCUGGCCCGGACCCUGGAUGCCACGUCCCGUCGCCUCCACGUUGAGCUGGGCCGGCGCCUGCGGAGCUCGGCCACCCACGCCGCUGCCACGGCCGAGCCCUAGGGACAGCGGGGACGGGCUCCGCUGUCACCCUGCACGUGGCCUCGCUUGCUGGUGGGACCCCGACCCGGCCCAGCUCCGCAGCUUUUAGGGGUGUCCCGGCUCCUGGGAGCUGAGACUUUGCCCCUGGGGGGGGUGGGUUUGCGGAGAGGUCUGGGUGCUGGAGCCGGCAGCGCCGGGAGGGGAUGGGGGGGGGGGGGGGGGGUGUGGGGGAGUUGGUGCCCACCACGGGCUGCUGUCGCACGUGGGAUGGCACUGCGUGUGACGCCGUGGCACACGGGAUGCCAUCACACAUACGGUGCCCUUGCACGUGACGCCAUCGCCCCCCGGGGUGUCAUUACGCAGGGGGUGGCAUCGCAGGUGGGGGGGGGGGGGGUGU